CAUUACCACCUGAUUUGCACUGAUUCACCCGGAGCCUCAAAGCAACAUCUCAAUAUCUCCAACUAAAAAUUCCACAGAAAGAUAUAUCUUGGAAUUGGCAAUUUAAAUAUCUUUUCAGCACUACAUUUUCAUGUUGUACCAGCAACUUAAAAGCUAAACCUCUCAUUCUACACUGGGCAUGACAGAAACAGCUGGUGUAUGAAGGGUAUGUGUAAUGUUCAUGAAGUAUUAAUCGAUUAUUUACUGAAUGCCAGUGGAAGGAGAACAGUGUUAAUGCUUCAGAUCCAGUUUUGUUUGGAGAACUGCUAUUGAUAGGAGAGGGUGGUUUCAAUUUGUUGACAUCUGGAUUAGGAGUUUGACAUGAAACAUGAAUUCAGCAUCUCCUUCCACAGUUGUUGCCUAACUUGUGUGUUUCCAGCAUUUUGUUUUUAUUUCAGAAAUUAUAUCAGCUGUGCUCCAUUGCAAUUAAAACUACACAGUACUGAAGUCUCAUGGAGGGUAACAUUUAGUUAGUAUUUCACUGAACAGGAUUUAUAGACAUAUUUUCCUAUCUUGCAUCUAUAACUGUUUCCCGUCUUAUAAUAAGGUAAAAAUAAUAGUUUGGAUUUGUGGGAAAAUUUCUGUAAUAAAGAAUAGACUGUCUGGCAUCCCGUAUUUUAGAGGUACAAAACAUUAACAGCAAUAUCUAGCAUUGAUAUCAGUGACCUGAAAAACAAAACGUUACCGUUUUAGUUAUGCCCCAGCUGAUACAACGGAAAUAGUUACACUCGCACAUAAUUAAUGGUAGCUUGAACAAGGCACUCUAACAUUUGUUAUUUUUAACCUCGAUCAGGACGUUGACAGAUGGUCAGCAGUACUUCCUCUUACGCAACACACAUAAAAUGCUGGAGGAUCUCAGCAAUUAGGCAGCAUCUAUAGAAAGGAGUAAACAGUCGACGUCACGAACACCAGAAAAUCUGCAGAUGCUGGCGAUCCAAAGCACCACACACACACAAUGCUAGAGGAACUCAGCAGGUCAGGCAGCAUCUAUGGAAAAGAGUACAGUCAACUUUUCGGGCCGAAGGGAAACGUCAACUAUUUAGUCUUUUCCAUGGAUGCUGCCUGGUAUGUUGAGUCCCUCCAGCAUUUUGUGUUUGUUGCAAAUAGUCGACGUCCUUAGCACUUCCUCCUAAGGAUAUUCUUAAAAUUGUUUUAUUUAAUAUCAUUAGGAGAGGUUCUCUGCAAGUUGACAACAUCGGGUGGGCACUGCAAUACUUUUUAAAAAACUUUUUUCUUGAGUUUUAAUUUGCAUAAUUUUGGUUUAAUAUCAUUGUUGAUGGACUGAAGCAAUCUGGAAAACAAUUCAUUUGGGAAAUAAUAGCUGUCAUAUAUCUCUACUUUUAGAGAAAAAAAUCAGCACAGGCUAUUCUAUGAACGCAAAGUACGUAUCGGAAAUUAAAGAUACGGGAGCUGAAUGGUACUACUCGGUCGACGUACUUUGUACCGACCAUAGCAAAGCUGUCAAGUUACUCAAUUCAUUUAGAUCUGCCUCUUUGUAUUAUAUAUCAAAACCAGUUUUGGAGGCUGGACCUUUGAAGACCGUCUAUCACAGAAACUCUCUUCUACUUCGCAUAGUUGCACCCGGGAGGCCGCACACACCGCCCCUCUCGGUGUCGCAGGUGCUCGGUUCGACCCCGCCUUCAGCCCGCUCUACGUAGCAGGUUGCUGUUCCAAUACGCGUUUAUCGUUUCGUUCCAGAUCCGUCUUGGCCGCCGGUCGUUUCUCACAACCUUUAAAAAAUAAAUCCCCUCAACUUCCGCCUCGCCCAAGAAAACUUUCUUUCAGGACAUAUUCGGGGGUAUCUGUGGAUCGAUAGUUACCGAAGGAAACUUCCCUUGCGCUCAGCCGGGCCGCGACCCGCGAGUGAGGUCCGAGCCGCCGCCGCCGCCGCCGGACUCUUGCCGCAGUGCGGGACGGAGCAGAGGGCGCCGAUGGUGGGCCUGGGCAGCGGGCGACGCAGCGCGCGCCCCACGCCGCUCCUGUUCCUGCUGGUGGCGCUGGGCGCGUGCCUGGCCUUCCUCGCGCUCAGCUACUGGGUGUCGAGCUCGCGCGGCGCCGAGCUGCAGUCGCGGUUCGCCGCCCUGGACGCCGCCGUCCGGCGCGCCACCGCGGAUCUCACCGCCGUCCAGCUGCGGAAGCAGCAGCUGCUAAUGCAGCUGCGGACCCAGGCGGAGAACCAUCAGGAGGAGGUCGAGCAGCUGGGGCAGCAACGCCGGGCGCUGCUUCAGUCCGCGGCCAGAGCCUGUAACGUGGAGAAGGAUGCUUUGAAUGAGAACAUUACAAGUAGCGCAAGGAUUAUACAUACACUGCAAGAACAAUUUCAACAAUUGCAAACCGGAUAUAGCCAAUUAAAUCAGAAGCUGCAGGAGCUGCAGAAAAAGUUAAACUAUGACAUUACUCAGUGCAGUAAUCAAAUAAAAGAUCAAAAAGAGAUGUAUGAAGAACAGAUUAUGGUGCUAAACAAGAAACUUGUUGAUGCCACAAAGUCCCAGGUUGGAAAAAGAAACACUGAAGCAACUGACCAAAACAAAUUGAAGGAGCCCAAGCCAACAGAAAAUCAAAAGGUUGGAAAACCAUCAAAUGCAUCCCAGUCUCCAAAUGAAAAUAAUGAUCACACAAACCAUUUGGAAAGUAACACUAAUGAACUUGCUGUCUCUACCAAGAAUGUAUCGGAACAUGAAAGUAACAAGCUGCCCUAUACAAGUGACGUUAAAGAAGUAACUGGAACUAUUGCUGACAAUGAAAUAAAAAGCAACGUGGAUCCAGGUGGUGAAAAUGAUCAAGGUCACUUGAACUCAACGAGAGAGAGAAAUACAGAUAAGAUUGAUAAUGUGAGUAAUGUCGAAGACAAUAAAAAAAGCCAGUCAACGAUUAUGAUUGGCACGCAAGGAAAAUACCUCAUCUUGGAGAGUGGCAAAUUCCUCCAGAAUGUGACCUAGCUUAUCUCUCUGCCGAGCUCUGUUGUGUCCAUGAAUCUGGAUCAAACUACAAAAUGGCUGCAAGCAAAAAGAAAAACAAACAAUAAAUUGAUGGAAUGCUUCAGAGCAGACACUAUAAUACUUUUGGCAUCACAUGGAUCCACUACCUUUAGAAUCUGAGCAUUUCAAAUCAGGGUAAAUGGCAGAGGCCUUCUUUCUCAAGCCACAUUUUAUACUAAAGACAGCAAGUUAGAAUUGUUCUGUUAAAAGUUUAUACUUCCUAUUUUAAUUAAUUUUUUUCCACAAUAAAACCUCCUCCAUUGAAGAGAUGGAAAGAACAAAUAGAACUCUACUGACCUGUCCACAUAAUCUCUGCACAAAGCAUCUGUGCAUAACAGAUCUCAAAGAGUUUGUGUAAGGGGCAAUUUCUCACCUUUGUCUAGCUCAUUGUAGCCAAUGUAGACUGAAAAUCACAAGCAAGAACUAAAAAUUGACAGCCUUGUGCUACAAUCUCAAUGCAGCCCGCCAUGAUAUUUGUUAUUUCCAACAAGCACAUGACUAAUUUCUAAUAAAACCAUUAUGGAUAGAUUUGUAUACAUCUAGGUAGAAAAAUAGCCUUAAUGAAAUAAUGGAAUAUUCCUGUUCAUAAAAAUAAUAUGGGAUGUACUUCCAUUUUGAAUGUCUGUGUUCACAGAUGCCAUAACCUAAAAAAGAAUAACUAAAGUUUGUUUUUUCUUUCCACUGCACACUAAAAAAUGGGGGAGAUUGACUUAAUUGUUCAUAAAAAUUGGCAAUGUUCUUAAUAACACAAAUUUCCCAAUUGUCAUAAAAUGAAAAUCGAUAUUGUUUGCUGUACCCGUUAAAUUAUUUCACUGAAUGCUGAUGCCUCAUGUUUUAAAGGAUACAUACAUUCAAUUGAUGAAUGCUGAGCAAAUAGCAAGGUGAUCUCAACUUGAAGUAUAGAAACAUAGAAACAUAGAAAAUAGGUGCAGGAGUAGGCCAUUCGGCCCUUCGAGCCUGCACCGCCAUUUAUUAUGAUCAUGGCUGAUCAUCCAACUCAGAACCCCGCCCCAGCCUUCCCUCCAUACCCCCGACCCCCGUAGCCACAAGGGCCAUAUCUAACUCCCUCUUAAACAUAGCCAAUGAACUGGCCUCAACUGUUUCCUGUGGCAGAGAAUUCCACAGAUUCACCACUCUCUGUGUGAAGAAGUUUUUCCUAAUCUCGGUCCUAAAAGGCUUCCCCUCUAUCCUCAAACUGUGGCCCCUCGUUCUAGACUUCCCCAACAUCGGGAACAAUCUUCCUGCAUCUAGCCUGUCCAAUCCCUUUAGGAUUUUAUACGUUUCAAUCAGAUCCCCCCUCAAUCUUCUAAAUUCCAACGAGUACAAGCCCAGUUCAUCCAGUCUUUCUUCAUAUGAAAGUCCUGCCAUCCCAGGAAUCAAUCUGGUGAACCUUCUUUGUACUCCCUCUAUAGCAAGGAUGUCUUUCCUCAGAUUAGGGGACCAAAACUGCACACAAUACUCCAGGUGUGGUCUCACCAAGGCCUUGUACAACUGCAGUAGUACCCCCCUGCUCCUGUACUCGAAUCCUCUCGCUAUAAAUGCCAGCAUACCAUUCGCCUAUAGGAUGGGAAACUUUUCACUUUCCUAGGCUGAAGAAAGUGCUCAGAUGUUGCUUUUUCACACCUAUAUAUACAGUUGCCUACUGGAUAACCAAAUACGAAAUUUAGAUUUAGAAUGGGACCACCCACAUUUCCCUUGAAUCUCACACACAUAAAUCUUUCUGUACACAAUAAAAUGGUUCAUUGACAUUCACUGUCCAGUCCUGUCUUGCAGAUGAAUGAAGCUGCUUGGGUAAAGGCAAAAGGCCGUCAAUAUUUAAGAAAAAAAUGGAAGGGAAAAGCAGCAGCAACAGAACAAAGAGUUCUUACUGUGAAAAAUAUGAAUUUAAAAAUAAUCUGCAAAAAAAAAAUCUGCUAUUUCAAGUAAAUAUAUUCUUAAGCAUUCAAAGU